UCUGCGACAUUGCUUUUCGAAUUAUCCUGGGUAAAUGAAAACCUGCCUAGUGUUUAAUUAAUUGCAAGAAUAUUAUUUUUGUUAAAUUGCGUUUACCCACAUGAGUCAGCAGAUGGCAAUACGAGUCUUUCAGCUGGUGCCUCUUGCGUGACGUAUAAUCUAAUGGACGGUGCGGGACGCUUCUUCAACAACAGCUACAACUCUGCUACUGAUUCAGCCAUCUUCACAGCUAGCUAGCCAACAUAACACCGAAACAUUGGAGCUCAUUGACCAUUUAUUGGUGUAUAUUAACCUCCGUGUUUUAAACACACUAUCUGCUUAUUUACUAUACUUCAUAAAAUGUCAUUUAUGUUGUCGGUAAGAUUACUUAUUAACUUAGCCUAGUAACGUUAGUGGGCUAUUCGCUAAUGCUAACUAGCUAGCUAACAUAUUCGACCAUGAGCUUGUCCCUUGCUAAAGAAGAGCAGGUCUGCUGGACAGAGAAAGAAGCUCUCGUGAAAGAGGAGGAGGGAGAGGAGGCUGUCACAGUUAAAAAAGAUGAAGCUGUUACAUUGAAAGAAGAAGAAGAAGCUUUCAGAGUGAAAGAGGAGGAUGUUACUGUGAAGGAAGAGGCGACGACUGUCACAGUGAAAGAAGAGGAGGGGGAGAUUACUGUCACAUUGGAGGAGGAAGAAGAGCAGACUGGAGAUCUGAUUAACACCAGAGAGCGACCAGACUCUUACUCUGAAAGUGGGACGUGUCCCGUCGAGGAACCAGACCCAGUGAUGUCCAAAUCAGCAAGACCACAUCACUGCUCUCAGUGCGGAAAGAGAUUUAUCCAGUUAGGGCACCUGAAAAAACAUAAGAGAACGCACACAGGAGAGAAGCCUUAUCACUGCUUUCAAUGUGAAAAGAGAUUUUCCUCAUCAGGUUCCCUGAAAUCACAUGAGAGAAUACACUCAGGAGUGAAGCCUUUCCAAUGCUCCCAGUGUGGAAAGAGAUUUUCCUCGUCAGGUUCCCUGAAAUCACAUGAGAGAAUACACUCAGGAGAGAAGCCGUUCCAAUGCUCCCUGUGUGGAAAGAGAUUCUCCCGGUCAUCGCAUCUUAAAUUGCAUAAGAGUGUACACACAGGAGAAAAACCUUUCCAAUGCUCCCAGUGUGGAAGUAGUUUUACCUCAUCAGAUUCUCUGAAAAGACAUAUAGGUUUACACUCUGGAGAAAAGCCUUACUACUGCUCAGACUGUGGGAAGAGAUUUAGCCGGUUAAACGGCCUGAAACGACAUGAGAGAAUACACACUGGAGAGAAGCCCUACCAAUGCUCCCAGUGUCAAAAUAGUUUUUCCCAGCCCGCUUACCUGAAAUACCAUGAAAGAACACACACGGGAGAGAAGCCUUACCAUUGCUCACAGUGCGGAAAGAAUUUCACCAUGUCAUGUAACUUAAAAACACAUGAGAGAAUACACUCAGGAGAGAAGCCCUAUCAAUGCUCCCAGUGUGGAAAGAGUUUUAACCAGCUAGGGAGUCUGAAAAUACAUGAGCGAGCACACACAGCGGACAAGCCUUACCACUGCUCCCAGUGUGGAAAGAGUUUUAAGAAAUUAGGCAAACUGAAACAGCAUGAGAAAGUACACACAAGCGUGAAGCCUUUUGGAAUUACUCCCACUGUGGAAUAAAAUUAACAUGAGCUAACAAACUCUGUAGAGUAGCCUUUACACUGAUCCUACUGUGGAAUGAGAUUUACCUUUGUAAGGCAACUGACAGAGCAUGAAAGAAUCCACACUAAAGAGAAACAAUAUCAAUGCUCUCAGUGUGGAGAGAUAUUUACCCAGUUAGGGAACCUGAAGGACCAUGAGGUAACAAACACAUGGGAGAAGAGAAAGGGGAGAAGCCUUACCACUACUCCCAGUGUGGAAAGAGCUCUAGUACAUCACACAUACUUGAAAGAACAAGUGCUCCUAUUAUCUCAUAUUUGUUACAGAAAAUGUGUGCUUUUUGUUAUGCCAUAUGAAAUCUAAUUGGAUAAAGUCUACUAAAAAAUAAUUGGUAUGUUUUAAAACAAAUCUCAAGACAUGAAUUCUUGAGUAUAGAGCACAUCAGAAUCAAUUUGUAUGCUUUAUGUGAUUAAAUUGUUAUUUUCAAA